AUGGCUCAAUUCCAGGUCGCUCUCUACGCACUCUUCUUCGCUCUCCUUGCAUGCAUCUUCCAGGUUCAAGCGGCUCCUCUUGAGGCUCGCCAGAUCGGUGGUCUGCGAUGCAACAUCGCUCGCUUGUCGACCGUCCGGAACCUCUCUGCAACGAAGAAAAGUCUGGCCCAAGUCGACACUGCUGACGCUGCGGCGGCUGAUGCUGUCGCGACUGCGCAAAGCGGGUUGGACGCCGCCAGCGAUGGUAUCUCGACCAUCGCCCAGUCGCUCUUUACCGGACAGGACGCGCCCGCGGAGGCCAGGACCCAGGUUGGCGAUGGGCUGACGAGUGCUAAGGCUGCCUUGCAACCCCUCGUUGGGACCGACCCGGCCGUUGCGCAAACGAUGCAGAGCCUCGAGAAGACUAUCUCGGCGGGACAGUCAGUUGUCAACAACUGCAACUAA